UUAUUUUAUGAUUAUCUCCCAUGAAAGAAGGAGAAGAGAAAGUUGCAUAAGUUGAUACUGCUUUGAUUCUGAGGGUUAUGCUGUUCGUUUUUAAUGUUUAGACGUAUAUUUUCUAAUUCUAUCAUCACAAGAAACGGUGAUUCAUUUUCAUUGCAAACUUCUUCAGUAAAUACACGACCAAGUAACUUUUUGAAAUGUGGUUGUCUUGUCAUUUGGAGAUGUGCUGCAUUCCUGCAUAGGAAAACUACAGGCAUGACAACUCUAGAAACGUUGAACUUUGAUAACUUAGCCUUAAGAUCCCUCCCUAUCGAUACAGUAACUGACAAUUAUGUUAGAUCUGUAGCUGGGGCUUGCUUUUCAAAAGUAAAGCCAACUCCAGUAGACAAGCCAUCACUAGUUGCAGUUUCCCAGCCAGCAUUAGACUUGUUAGGUAUCCCACCAUCAGAAACAAACAGGGAUGAUUUUGUACAAUAUUUCAGUGGAAAUAAACUGUUACCUGGAAGUGAUCCAGCUGCACACUGCUAUUGUGGGCACCAGUUUGGUUAUUUUUCAGGGCAAUUGGGAGAUGGGGCUACAAUGUAUUUAGGAGAAGUAAUUAACAAAAGUGGUGAAAGAUGGGAGAUCCAGUUCAAAGGAGCAGGGAAGACUCCCUAUUCCAGAACGGCAGAUGGUAGAAAAGUUUUAAGGAGUACAAUUAGAGAAUUUUUAUGCAGUGAAGCCAUUCACCAUCUUGGAAUUUCUACAACUCGAGCAGGAACAUGUGUCACCUCAGAAAGUACAGUAGUCAGAGAUAUAUUUUAUUCUGGUGAUCCAAUAGAUGAAAAAUGUACUGUUGUAUUAAGAAUUGCUCCAACAUUUCUCAGGUUUGGAUCUUUUGAGAUUUUUAAGACUCUGGACCCACAGACAGGAAGGGCUGGACCCAGUGUUGGCAGAAAUGAUAUUCUGAUACAGAUGCUAGAUUAUACAGUCCAAACAUUUUAUCCUGAGAUCUGGGAUAAGCACAAAUCUGAUAAACACACCAUGUAUAUAGAGAUGUAUAAAGAAGUGAUCAGAAGGACAGCCAGGCUGGUAGCAGAAUGGCAAUGUGUUGGAUGGUGCCACGGUGUCUUGAACACAGACAACAUGAGUAUAGUAGGAUUAACUAUAGACUAUGGACCUUUUGGUUUUAUGGAUAAAUUUGACCCAAACUACAUCUGUAAUGGUUCAGAUGAUAGUGGAAGAUAUUCAUACAAAAACCAGCCAGAUAUUUGUAAAUGGAAUUGCAUGAAAUUAGGAGAGGCGAUUCAAGGAGCAGUACCUCUGACAGAAACAAAACCCCAUUUAGAUAUUUUUGAUGAGGUUUACAGUGACUAUAUGAAGCAAAAAAUCAGGAAAAAGUUUGGUUUAUUAAAUAAAGAAUUAGAAACAGACAAGGAUAUUUAUGAUUCUUUCUUAGAAACAAUGCAAAAAACUGGAGCAGACUUCACAAAUUGUUUUAGAUGUCUGAGUAUGCUCCCUUUACCAGGCUCUCCUGACUUUCAAGCCAAAUUAAAGGAUGUGAAAGAAUAUAUCCUCACACAGUGUUCUACAUUAGAAGAAUUGAAAUCAAUGCAUAAACCUGAGAUGGAUCAAAGGCAAUUACAAGCCUUCCUUGCCAUGGUACAGUCAAAUCCAGGAUUAGUGAAUGCCUUAGGCAGGAAUUUUGCUUCCAUUACUAGAGAUUUGGAAAAAUUGGAAAAAAUUAAAGAAAUGGAGGACAAGACUGAUGAAGAUCAAAGAAAAACAAACGAGGAAGCUUGGGAUUCAUGGUUAAAGAAAUAUGUAGAAAGAUUGAAUAAAGAGGUGGAAGGAAAGACAGAUUUAAUUCAAGCCAAUGCAGAGAGAGUCAGAGUCAUGAAUUCUAAUAACCCAAGAUUCAUCUUGAGGAACUACAUUGCUCAGAAUGCCAUCAAGGCAGCAGAAAAGGGAGAUUACUCUGAAGUUAGAAGAGUUGUGAAGUUACUGGAAAAUCCUUACAAUGAUGAAGUUGACCUGGGUGACCUUGCUUUGCCACAGCAAGUUGGAAAUGCAUCAAAGUCAAAAGAUGAUAAAUUUUCUGAUGGAGGAGCAACUAGUUCAAAGUCAAAAGGAACUGGUGAAUUGAGAAGUUACACUGGAAUGUUGUAUGAAAGCAAGCCUCCUGAUUGGUCAUUAGAUCUAAAGGUCACAUGAUCAUCGUAAAGACCACUGUUACUAUUCCAUAGACAGGCAAAAUAAAUCAACCAACUUAUGUUAAGCUUGGAACAUUAAUUUAAUGCUGUAUAUUAUAAGUUAUAUCAAGAACUGUUUGUCUGUGGUGUGAGCAGUGGUCAUAUUUUGUAUGCAGGAUAACAAUUCAGAUGUUUCUGAUAAAAUGACGAUACCUGUCAAAAUUUGAAUAUUCAAAUGGCAGGUAUCUGAUAGUGAUCCCUGUGUACUGAUCAUAUAUUUUAUUUUUAUGAAUAACUGUAAAAUUCUUAAAAAAACUGUGUACUGUUCAUAUAGAUAUAUUAGAUUUUUUUUAUGAACAACAGAAUCACUCUUACAAAUUGAUGUAAUAACAGCAGACCCUUACUUGUGAUAUGUAAUAAAUUUUGUAAAAUUA